GGACGCGCAGUGCGGCGGCGCGCACAGACAGUCCGGCUCUAUAAUAAAAGCAGCACGCUCACUCCUACACACAGACCGACAGACGCGCACAUGCUGUCUGCUAACUCGGACCUGGCAUCUUCAGCAUCACUCUCAAUCUGUCUCUCCCAGUCCGAUCAGACAUUUACCAGUUCAAAAAACAGCUCCCCUUCGGAGAGGAUGGCUGCUCAUCCCUGGUGCCUAGCCCUGCUGCUCGCCCUGCUGCUGGUGGGUGACUUCACCCUGACGGACAGCGCCGAGCCCGGCUCUGGAAACAACAAGAGGGUCUCCUCCCAGCAGCCGACGGGCACUGCCAACUACCUCCAGAGCCCUGAGCUGUGGGCACAGCAGCCAGGGCACCACCACAGACAGGGAGGUCGCAAGGACAAGGCCAGCACGGGGCUGCUGUCUAGAGAGGUGCAGCAGCUGGGCCGGCCCGAGGACGACGGCACGGGCCUGGAGGGGCUGACCCCGGUGAGGCUAGAGCUGGGGGAGAGGGAGAGUCGGACCUUGGCCCUACAGGACGAGCACCACGGAGGGGGGUUCCUGGGGUUCGGGAUCCCCUUCCACGAGCGAGACAACCACCCGCCCAGCGCAGAGUCCACGCUGAAGGGAAGAAAGCAGCACAAGAAGCACAGGGGCAGGGACAAGGCCAGGCACGACAAAGGGCGGUUUGUGGAUCCAGAGCCGGGUUUGCUGUUGAAGCAGGUGGAGGUGUUUGAUGAGCCCCCCUCGGAGAGUGCCUCCCCCUCCUCACCCCCUGCGCCCCCCUCUUUCAGCACCAGCUACACCAUCACCACCACCACCACCCUGGUGACCAUGGCAACGAGCCAGGAGCCCCCAGCACCGCCCCCCGCCGCCACACGACCAAAGAAACCCUCGCAGGGGCGUGUGAGGUCAGAUGGUGAUGUCAUGCCAACCCUGGACAUGGCCCUCUUUGAUUGGACGGACUAUGAGGACCUCAAACCUGCUUGGCCCUCCUCCAGGAAGAAAGACAAGCGCCGCAGCAAGACCCUCAGCAGCAGGAACGAGACUCUGGAGGGUGAGGCCGAAGCCGAACCAUGUGACCACCACCUCGACUGCCUGCCCGGGUCCUGCUGUGACCUCCGCCAGCACGUGUGCAAACCGCACAACCACGGACUCAACAACAAGUGCUUCGACAAUUGCAUGUGUGAAGAAGGACUCCGGUGUUACGCAAAAUUCCACCGGAACCGGAGGGUGACACGGCGAAGGGGUCGGUGCAUCAAUCCGGAGUCUGCCGACAGCGACCAGGGCUCCUUCAUCACGGCCUGAGAGCAGGAGGGCACAGUGACGCUCCACGCCACACAUAUCCAAGCGUGCUGGAACAACUGUCUCCACGCAAGGUCCACGUGACGUCGGACGCGUUCAGCUUUUUAUAUUAAACGUUUCAAUUCUGCUUUAUCGUGGAUCUUUUUUUUUUUUUUUGUAAUAUAUAAUACUGUAUAUCUCAGAUUGUUACAUUGUGCAAGGAUUUCGUCUUUUAUGAAAUGUGUUUUGUGUUACAUUCAAGAUGCCAAAACUGCUGUGAAAUCACUGCCCUUUUUUGUAUAAAGAAAACGAAUUUCAUUUCCAGGUGUUUUUAGAAUUUAUUUUGGGGGGGGGGGGGGCUUUUACGUCGGACCUAGACGUUCCAGCAGACUUGUGGAACAAGCUGCACUGGUGAAGACUCUGGAGGACAGCGAUGGAGAGCCUGGGAAUAGUCUAGAUCAUUAUAAUGAGAGGGGCGGGAAUGAGACUCCCACUGCUUAGCAGUUUGGGCCGUUCCAUUUUUUACUGUGAGCUUCAUACAACAUGAAUACACUGUGGCUGAUCACAGUAAAAACCUGGAAUGGAUCAAACCGUUAUGCAUUGGGAGACCUUUUCCGAUCACUUAGAAGGGUGGGUAGUCUUGAAGGACAACUUGUGAUAGAAACUUGCAAUUGCAAUAGCUAGAUAUUUAGGUGAAACUUUAAAAGAAGAGGAAUUUCUAAUGUAGUAUUCUAAUGAAUACUAAUGAAGGUCAGGGUCUGGGAAUAAGUAAGCCCUGGAGAGGGGUCUGGUGGAUGCUGUGAUGUUGUGAUGUGCUGUAUAUCUCCAAUGACUGUUAAUAAAGAGAGACUAUUUAGUGCCUGUGAGACUGAAGCCAAUGUGAAUGCAUUUACUUCCCUUCCUAUUAAACACUGUGGGGGGGUCAUGUGAUUAGUUAUUUUAAUCUGUUGUUUGUUUGUUAGAAAUAAGUUUUGUCUAUUGACCUAGUUAAACCAGCCUGCUGAAGUAGUGCCAGGGGCAGCUUUAACAAACUUGUGAGGAGAGGAGGAGAGGGGGGGCGCACACGUCGUAUUUCCACAUGACCGCCUUUCACAGCUCGCUGUCAUUGAGCCGGGGUCAGGGGGUCGGCAGAGGGUGACCCUGACACAGGGAAGCAGCGUGUGGA